AUGGUUGUGUAUCAGACGUGCAUCCUGAGCAUACUCUUGUACCGGGCCGAGACCCGGACAUCGUAUGCCAAGCACGAACGUCGUCUUAACGCCUUUCACAUGCGCUGCAUCCGGAAUAUUUUGGGCAUACACUGGAAGGACAAGGUCACGAACGAGAGGGUGCUUGAGAUUGCUCAGCUACCCAGCCUCUUUGCGCUGCUAAAGCAGAGACGCUUACGCUGGCUGGGGCAUGUGCAUCGAAUGCAACCUAGUCGUUUGCCACGGCGUGUCAUGCUUGGUGCCAUAGCUGAUGCCAAAAGAAGCGUAGGUCGGCCAAUGCUACGACACAAAGAUUGUGCCAAGCGUGACAUGCAAGCCUUCAACAUCCCGGUCCACAAAUGGGAAGAGCUUGCCGAAGACAGAGACAAGUGGCGCAAACUGGUGUUCGACGGACGUACAAUCCACGACAAUGCUUGGUUUGCGGCACUCGCAACUAUCUUAAUCGAAGCUAUAGCUGAGUCAGCUGCAGGCACUUUGUGCGCGUCGGCCAUUGUUGGCGUGGCGCCAGGCUCUCGACACAUCUAG